CUGCGCCAUAUUCUUUUGCUAACACUCAAUUCGAUGAAAUCUAUUUAAAAUAUCAGGACUUGCUGUGUUGUGAUUUAUAUUAAUUUCGAUUCAAGUUAUUCACAUUCAAGAUCUGCGAAGGUUUUUCAAUACCAAGCAGACGCAGCAUGGAGCUAGGCGGGUAGGUGAUGCUCAGCGGCGCCAUUUGGUCCGCCGCGCCCGUGAGCUUGCGCCCGCUCGCCCCGGGGCUGCCCGCUGCGCGGCCACCGCUGCUCGCGCUCGUCAUGCAAGCUCUGCACGAUGACGACACCAGCUUUUUAGAGAAUGGUCUACUCUCCUACGAGAAUCCAAACUAUCAUUUGGACCCGGCGCGCCUCGAGUCCGCCAUAUACAGUGAUCUCUACGAUAUGCAUGACGACAAAAUGGCGGACGACUACGACAACUAUCUAGACAACAGAAGGGUUGAGGACGAGAUUUCUUCACCAGUUGGCAAAGUAAACGAAAAGUGCGGCCUUAUCACGCCGUCUCAGAAUGGGGGGGAGGAAUCACCACCUCCAGAAAAGGAGCGAGCUGACCGCGAAGAUUCAGAGAAGCUACACGCUGCUGUUGGCCCGGUGCCGCACUGCGCCGAGGGCCCCAAUGAUGACUUAUAUGCCAUUCCUGUAAAGUUGAGGCCCAAGAAGGAGACUUUGCCGCCCGGCUGGGAGAAACAUGAAGACAAUGAUGGCCCUUACUACUGGCACAUAAAGAGUGGAACAAUCCAGCGAGAGAUCCCGAAAAUGCCGCCGAUCGAAGCCAGAGAAUCCCGCAUUUCGAUGGUCAGGGAUUGUUCCAACUUGUCCGAGGUGAAGUACGACGGGCCAAUGACCACAUCAGUCACCAGAAGCACGACCAGUGGCGCCCUCGACCAAGAUGCACAGGAGGCGAAGCGGAAAGAGGACAUGGCUUAUAAACGCCGUAGCUAUCCAGCCAGGCCAGAAUCGGACGGGCGAGCCGUGCGAUUCUUCGUCAGGUCAUUGGGUUGGGUUGAGAUCUCUGAGGCUGACCUGACACCGGAGAGGUCGAGCCGAGCUGUCAAUAAGUGCAUUGUUGACCUGAGUUUGGGGAGAAACGAUCUGCUGGAUCAAGUUGGUCGUUGGGGAGAUGGUAAGGAUCUCUUCAUGGACCUGGACGACGGAGCCCUGAAGCUGAUAGACCCUGAAAGCCUCAACACCUUGCACACGCAGCCUAUCCAUACUAUACGGGUUUGGGGAGUGGGAAGAGACAAUGGACGUGAACGAGACUUUGCGUACGUGGCACGCGACCGGGUGACACGCAAGCACAUGUGCCACGUGUUCCGAUGCGAGGCCCCGGCGCGGUCCAUUGCCAACACGCUGCGUGACAUUUGCAAGAGGAUCAUGAUUGAGCGCUCGCUGCAGCCUCCGCCGAGACCCACGGACUUACCGGCUGCGAGGCGGCCGAGACCACUCUCCGGUGCCUCCUUCCCGACUCCGAUGGAAGAGCCCCGCAAGACGGUGAGGGCUCGUUACCUGGGCAGCGCGGAGGUCGGCAGACCAACGGGCAUGGACGUGCUGAACGACGCCUUGGAGAGGUUGGCCGCCGCUCGGGCGCCUUCCGCCUGGAGGCCUGUGGCUGUCGCGGUGGCGCCCUCCUGCAUCACCAUCACUGAAGAAGGGGAAUCGACCCCGAUCGUGGAAUGUCGGGUGCGCUACCUGUCCUUCCUGGGCAUUGGCCGGGACGUGCGCCGUUGCGCUUUCAUAGUGCACACGCCGCAGGACAGCUUCGUGGCUCACGCCUUCCACGCGGAGCCGAGUUCCGGAGCGCUCUGCAAGACCAUCGAGGCCGCUUGCAAGCUGCGCUACCAAAAAUGUCUAGACGCCCACGGCGGCUUCUCGGCCUUAGGCAGCUUGAGCAGCGUGCCGGGCGGGACUAACGGCGCGGGCAGUCCGCCCUCCGGCGACGCGAACCGCGCUUCACUCGGGCAAGCCCUGAAAUCGCUUGUUGGCUCGCUUACUGGACGACGCGCGUCUUGAAUUUAGAAUGCCAUCACAGCGCAGCUCGCCACGCUAACUUAUUUCCGUUAGAUAUUCGAAAUAAAUUUAAGAUAUUUAAAUGUUAAAUUGUUACAAUCGGAUUUGUUUAAAUUCUAUAUAAUAUCAUCAUAUUAUUUGUUGCCUUCGAGACUGCCAUUUUAGAAAUUGCACAAACGUUUAUUUCGAAUAAUUGUAACACCGUGUGAAUUCUAGACAUUAGAGAUGACGUUUUAGUUCAACAAAUUCACGGUAGAUGGCGUUAUUCACGAGACUAAUUAUCGACCUAUUUGAUAGUGCUUUCAGAUAAAUAUUAUUUAUUGGUGUAAACUUGGAUAUGUAGCGCUUUAUUAGCCGCUAUAUUGUGUCAACUGUCACGUAUUUUCUGUUAGCACUUAUUUGAAUAGGUCCACGUGUAGCCACAAAUACGCUUUAUUCUGUGUGAGCGUGUUGCGGUCGGUCUAAACGUAAACCACUUUGUAUUGCAUACAUUAAAUUUAUAUGAUCUCAAUAUACACUUAAAUCAUAUAUUAUAGUUACCUUAUAAUACCUAGUCGAUAGUUGUAUGCUUUUGUAAAUUACGAGCGAAGUGAGGUAAGUGGCAUUUUAAACUAUUUAUGUCGGCAAAACAGUAUUUGGUCAAUCGGUUAAGUAUCUGUCUCGCUCUGUCCGCGUACGGGUGACAGAGACAACGUAAGAGGUUAGUCGUACGGAAUAUUGGUUUGUACAUAUAUUAGAUUAGUGUAGCUAAUGGAACGGAACUUUGGGAUGUCUCCGACCAUGACGUCGUCGUGGUCGGACGAGCGAGCACGGUAUGAAGAAAUUACUCUAACCGAGUGCUGAAAUCGGAAAUGUUUGGUGUUUCGUGUCGGAUAAAAUAAUAUAGUCAUAGUGAAGAGUUUAUUUUUGCUUAGGCUUGUACAUUAUAAAGUAUAUUGGAUUGCGAGAAAUGAAUAUUUUUUGUAUGUCGCAUAUAUGCGUUGGAAAUUAGCUUCGAAGUGUACAAUUAUUUUUGCCCUUUUUGGCUGAAUUAUAUUCUGCUAGCCUCCUUACAAGGGUCUUUAAAUCUGAGCUUGGAUAAUAUUUAUAAAGCAAAUAUUAGAUUCUAUAUGCCGUGCAAUGUAAUAAACGAACAAUAAGGAGUAACCGCUCAUCGGUCUUUGGAAAGAGAUAGUCGAAUUCCUAACGCGCUAUCUCUUUCGAUGCGACAUCAGUUGUCUUUGUCAGAAAGAGAUAACGCACAAAGCCGAAGGCUCUCUUUCUAACGACCGAUAUGCAUAUAUCGUCGGGACAUUCACGUUAACUAUCGCGUUUAUAGUUUACGCGAUAGUUUUCGUUUACUCGAUCUAUGAUAAAUAUUCAACUGCAUUGGAAAGCUUCAAUUCAACAGGUAACAUUUUCUAAGAUACGACUUGUAAUAUUUAUUUGUAUAUAGUGCACGGGACCCAGAAAAGUCCAAAUUAUAUACGUUUGUGUCUAUAACAAAAUAGUUUAAUUCCAAUCACAACGGUCGUCACAUUUAAGAUCUGUGGGGCUGCGUCUACGAUCGAGUUGUCUUGCGAACACUCAACUCUGAUUGGCGCGUAAUGGACCAAUCACAGCGUUGGGUGUAGUGGAUUUAUGUACUCAUUGAGAGUACGAGAGCCGUGUACGGUCUUAAAUGUAAGGGCCUUUGUCACGCGAUUGAAUGACCUUCUACCUUGCUUUGUGUGGUUUUCAUUUGUAGGUUAAGAGUAUUUAGGUAGAAAGGUCAUUUUCGCACCUCUUAGAUAAGGCGUUCACUAGAAUAUCACAGAUUAGCUUCAAAUAAUUCAAUAUAAUGUUGCUUGGAUAUCAUAUACACUAUAUGUCAUAUAGUUUUAUUCACGUUGUAAUUAAGAUGUCAUUGUUUUUAUGCCCGCGGAUUCCACUCGAACUUUGUGUAAAACAUUUGUCUCAAGUGAUAGCCGAGCCAAUUAAAGAAACACACUCUACCCGUUGCAGCAUCCCGUAAUACACGAAAAUAAUUAAUUAAAAUGACUGAGUUUUUACAUUUAUCCGGCUCGAAGGACCAUUGUAUAAUGACUUUCUCUUUCUUAGCGCGUUUUGUUUGUUGUGUCCUAUCAUGUCCAGGCUAGGUUGAUAUUCACUCAUAAUAAAAUUAAAUGUUAGUUUAAACGAAGGUUCAAGUGGAAUUACUAUUAUUCGCGGGCCAUAGUCGCAAUAGUUGGGACAAGCUUGACUGCCUUUAUCUGAGAAUGUCUACGAAGUAUUUUCUACAGAAUAUAAUCGUUUAUAUGUAGAAUAGCUUGAAUGAGUUAUCGGCUCAUGUUUGUUGAACGAUGUUUUUGAUCCGUCAUCGCUUUGACAGCUUAAAAGCCUUCGAUUGUGGCUUUUAAUGAAUAAUUUUGUGAAAUUAAUAAAAAAAUAAUU